AUGAAUCAUCGAUCACUGCACUUCUAUGUGUUGCACCUCUGCUUCAUUCUGCCAUCAACGCUCGCUGAGAUUGGCCAAGUUUUAUGGCGAGAUGACUUUGAUUGGGGAAACUCACCCAACGUCAACUAUUGGUCCUACGAUCUUGGUGGAGGAGGCUGGGGAAACCAAGAACUCCAAACAUAUACUACUGGAGCUGUUUCCGUCAGUGGGGGUCUCCUGAACAUCCGAGCCGAACGAAUCAGCACUGGAUUCACAUCGGGGCGAAUCAAGACUGAUGGAAAGAUGACGUUCCAAUAUGGUACUUUGGAAGCUCGGAUCAAGACACCAGAUGUCGCUGAUGGUUUGUGGCCUGCCUUUUGGACGCUAGGAUCGAACUUUGAACAAGUUGGUUGGCCGAGAUCAGGAGAAAUUGAUAUUAUGGAAAUUGGCCAAGGUCUAGCCAUAACAGAAGGAGUGGUCAAUCGAAGGGUUAUAUCGGGUGCCCAUUGGGAGUUUGAAGAGAAGCUUGCAGCCUAUGCUUUGUGGAAGACUUUUAAUGUCAAUUUGAAUGAAGACUUUCACAUUUAUCGCCUCGAUUGGACGCCCACAACCUUGUCUACCUAUGUUGAUGGUGUUCGAGUUUGGGAAAUGGACAUAGAUUCAGCCAACUGUGUCGAUUGCGAAGAGUUUCACCAACCUCACUUUGUCUUGUUGAAUCUUGCCGUUGGAGGCUUGUUCACUUCAACCGGUGGUGCAGGAUCAUCUUCUGCGUCUUCAUCAUCGAGUUCUUCAGCCGCAUGUUCAUCAUCGGCUUCCUCUGCCAGCUCCUCCAGCUCCUCGGGUGGCUGUGGGCAGCCACGAAUUGAUGUCUCGGCCCCCCUCCCAGCGAACAUGCAAGUAGACUGGGUACAGAUCGUCGACAAUGGCUUCGCUCAAGUCUUUCCAACUGGAGCACCAACUCCAAAUCCAACCCCCACAGUUGAUCGAUCUGGUGCCUUAUCCACCAAAGCUCCUACCAAGCGACCCACACCAAACCCAACACCAAGUGUGGUCACUGCGUUCUCGACCAAGUCUCCAACAAGGAGGCCAACACCAAAUCCGACUCGAAACCCCACACCGCAACCCACACCGCAACCAGUAGGUCGUGUGGGACCACUGUCCACAAAAAGUCCUACCAGGCGACCCACACGGAACCCAACUCCUCACCCAACUCCUCGUCCACCGACUCGUAAUCCUACGCCACAUCCAACGCCACAUCCAGUACCGCCAACACCACGGGUCUUCGAACCGGUUGGAUACUAUGGAAAGGGUGGUGGUAAAGGAGGAGGCCCUGUAGGAGGGAAAGGAGGAAAAGGCAACACCUGGAAUGGUUACGACUACGUUGAUCAUGGCAAAGGAGGAAAGGGCGGCAAAGGAAAGGGCGGCAAAAGUGGAUCGAGUAGCUCGAGUAGCAAGAAAAGUAGUAGCAGUAGUGGAAAGGGCGGCAAAGGGAAGGGUGGCAAAGGCAGCAGCAAGGGCAGUAAGAAGAGUGGAAGCUAUACUACUCUAUCGAGUGCAUUGGAAGCUUCGGCUGCGCCAACUCUCCAUCAGACACAAGCUAUCAUGACGAUACUAUCGUUGGCGCUGAUGCUUGUGACAUAG